UCACAGUUAGCCGUUUAAGCUGAGCUGGCUGUUUUCGGGGGUUUGAGCGAUCAGAUUGUUCCUGUCGACGACUUUCUCUGUGCGGGAGCAGUCGCUAAAAACCAGGACGAAUUCUACACGUCAAGUGGGAGCACACAGUUCACACCAGUCGAGUUUAACUUUUAACAACAACAACAACAAAUAAACCAGGAGUUCCAGCUCUGUCGACUCGACGCCAUGGACCCCGCCAGUCAAGAUAUCAACCUCAACUCUCCUAACAAGGGUCUUGUUGUGGAGACUUCAGACAGCCUGUCCGACUUGCCGGUGGAGGGAGCUGUGGGGAACUCAGCCAACCCUCUUCCACCCGGACUGACAGAGGAAGAGGCUGAGGAACUCCGCACCGAGCUCACCAAGGUGGAGGAGGAGAUCAACACCCUGCGUCAGGUUUUGUCAGCCAAAGAGAGGCACUCCGCAGAGCUGAAGAGGAAACUUGGCCUCAACCCGCUCAAUGAGCUCAAGCAGAACCUCACCAAGAGCUGGCAAGAUGUACAGACCUCCAACGCAUAUCUGUCUGCCUCAGCCACUUUGGAUGACAUUGCCCGCUCUGAAGCAUACAAGAAAACUCAGGAGACUCUUUCCCAGGCGGGACAGAAGACCAGUGCAGCUUUCACCACAGUGGGCACGGUCAUCAGCAAGAGGCUGGGCGACAUGAGAGCUCUACCUUUCUCUAACUCCUUUAGUAGCAACUAUUCCAUUCGCCACUCGAUAAGUAUGCCCGCCAUGAGGAACUCUGCGACCUUCAAGUCAUUUGAGGAUAAAAUGGGGAACCUGAAGUAUAAGGUUGUCGGCCCCAGGGGAAACGGAGAGGCCGCCAGCUCCCCCACCGACACCACCCCCACUCAGGACAACCCACCUUUCUGAACGCAUCCCUCCUCUUCCUCCUCGCUGCCACCUUGCUCACGACCUGAGACUGUACUGUUAUCACCUCACAUCGCAGAGUCAGCCCUGACCUUUGACCCUCCACCUCACCGCCUCGCCACCACUCACUUUGCCCCCCCUCCCCAAGGUCUGUAAACACUGACAGGCGGACUCGUGGGUUUGAGCUGGGACGAGCUUUCCCCCGACAGUCCCAUCGCUGCUGAUUCCCGUUCUUCUGCCUCGCUGUUGCAGAAAAGGAGAAUGUUUUGUUGAUGUCUAAACCUGAAUGAUUUACAGACCUUGAUUUGUUACAUCACCGCCUCCUGCCUCUACGUCCUCCCCAGUUAGACCCUCACCCCUUUGUUACUCCAAAUAAGUUAAGACACUCUUGUCUCCUGCACUCCUCAGGCAUCUUUUGUUAAACAGGUUGAUGCUGUUUUAGCAAAUCACCUUGCGAAAGACAAAAGCUAAUAAGGCAUUAUAAGAUGUCAGGUUCUUAAACUGACCUUCAUCUUUCAUUCUGGGAUUUCUUAAAGAGACAGCUACAGUGAUACACAAGGCUGGAUUACAGAGGGGGGCAAAGAGGGGCCCAAAUACACCAGGCUCGCUGUGCACCAGUUGGUUUGAGAUAACAUGACUUACGUGCACGUUGGUUGAACGUACAGUGCAUUUUGAUUUUUGCCCUGCAGCCCCGUGGUGUGUUAAUCCGGCCAUGAUGAUAAAUCAAAAGGUAACGCAGCAGGUGCAUCUUUGGGCCCCAACUCAGAGUUUAGGAACCAAGAUAUUUACAGACUGAGGGUGGAGGAGCAUUUUUACAGGCAUAAGCAAGAUGGCGAUUUAUAUGCCAGUUAAACCUACUAAUUCUGUCUUCUUGUUUCUGACUUCUAUCAACUACUCAAAUCAUGCAUUCACACUGUGAGCACCACAGAAUCCAGAUCCCACGCUUUCUCAAACUUGCAUCACCGCGGUGUGAUGCAGGCCACACUCACAGGUUAGAGGUUAGUCUGGGGAGGGGUUUGCAGGAUCCAGCACAUCUCACCCCUCUUAGACCUACUACUGCUACAUGCAUGUGCAUAUCUCAUCUCAUCAGUUGUAUAAUAGCCGAUCAUGCAAAGACGACCGAGGUCUCGUGUAACACCCGAAAACACCCCAAGAUGUAAAAACAGGAAAAAAACAAACCAUUUUGUAUUAAAACUAUUUUACACUGCUUUGCAUAAUGUUUUUACAUAACUUUUAUCAAUAUGUAUAAAUAUAUAUGAAUAAAUAUAUUGUCACUGAUGCUGCCGUACGGUAGUUAUCAGGUUGGGAGGUUUAAGGAAAAGCACGGGAAGCUAAACAAACUUAAAAAAUGUGGGAAAACAAAAACCCUAUGGGUCAGUUUCACAGGCAUGCGUGUAGGUCUGGAGUUUUUUUUUUUUUUUUCCUUCUGUUUCAAGUAUAUAUGUGGUCUAAAAGAUUUUUCCGUGUCCGUGAAACUGACUUGUUAAUGAGCGGCAGCCGUCUGGGCGUGAGACCCAUCAGAACGAGGCAAGAAGGAACAAAAUCAAAUUGGUUUCAUUUGACAAACUGGAGGUUUGACUUCAGAUGUACGCCACCAUUUGCAAGUCAAACUGAACCUCUCGAGGCUUGAAAAUGUUUUCGAAACCAAUUUGACUGAGUUUCUUUUUUACCCUUGUUUGACUGCUGCUCCCUUUUUUAUUUUUUUUUUUUUUGGUUAACGCACAACACGAUGCUUUGCUGUGUACACUACCUGGUGAAUGUCAACGCUUCUCUAUCGGCCUUACUCACUUUAAAUGUUUCACCUUUUUAUUAUAAUUUAGCUGGUAGAAAAGAAAUGGUUUGUUUCCUUUUAUGUUUCCUUUUCUUUUAGUUUAAGUUGUACCGACUGGUUCGAUUGAAGGAAGGGGAGUUCACAAAAUGUGUCAUGGAAAAUAUCUUUCUGCCAACAACCCCUUAAUGCACACAAAUGCACUCCUGUUAACACACUAAAUGCCCUGAAUGCACACACAAGGCCAAACUUACACAAACGUUUUGUACAAAAUCACUGUUGCUCUUACCGUUGUGCGCCUAAUGUGACCACUUAGUGAUAAAACGGAAGCUCUUAACAAACUACACGGCCUCAAAAACCGUGACCGUAAAACCUAAAAGCACAGAGUUCUGCAGCACCGUCACUUUUCUGUUGAACAUUAAAAAGAAGAUGAUAUAUUUGAUUAUUUGCCAACAUUGCUGAUAAAAGGACAACAUCUCCUCUAGUGGUUGGACAAAAUGUUGCACUGUUGCCCCCAAACAAAAACAUACAGAGCAAGUCUUCUAAAUAUUGCCAAAGUUGUCUCAUAUUGUUGCUCAAUCUUGAGUUGCUGGUAAGACGAUCUUGGUAGAUUUUCUCAAGGCACUGGCGGUGUUUCAAUGUUGCCUCCCGCAUUGCCAAAAAUCUUGAAUCCUGGCUCAGCAUCGGUGCAAUGUCUCAAACUGCAUGAGUGGCAAAUUCUUUUUUGUUUUUUUUGCUGAGGCAGUAGAAAAGCGUAAAUAUAGAGUUAUGUCCCUUUAUUAAAAUUUUGGAUAAUUAAAUAAUUUAAGCCAACUUGCUUGUAGACCAUCAAAAAGAGCAGAAAAUAUAUAUUUACACAAACGUUGACCAGAUAAAAUAGUUUGAGCUAAGCUACAGUGAACAAACACCAAGUGAUAAAACACAGCUUAUAAACGAAACCGUCAAACUGCUUCAAAACUGCUGCCAGUGUAUCAUAACUUUAAGUGUAUUUUCUUGUUUGCGUUGAUCAUUUUGGUAGUUUAUAUAUUCCUGUUAGGUGAAUUGUUGUUUUUGUUUUUUUGGCUUUCCUUCUGUCAGGAGAGGUGGACUUUGUACAAAUGAUUUGCCAUCAGUUAAAAACAAGUUGCCAAUAUUUAAACAUCUGUUACAGAAUCUCUCUCUCUCUCUCUCUCUCUUUCUGCCUCUGAAUCUCAUGAAGUCUCUCAUGAAGACUUUCUGCUUUGCCAAGAUGAAAAAUGCAGAUGCACACUACAAGAAAUAUUAAUCUUGACUCAUUUACUUCAGGGUUUACUCCUAAAAUCUUAUUUUUCUCACACAAAGUGGAGGCAUCUCCACUGUACAGAGUGAUCUCACUCUGAAAAAUCAGAUUUAAAGACUGAACUAAAUGAAUUGUUAAGAUGGACUUUUUUGCAGUGUAGCUGCGAUCAGUUGGGAGGCUGGCGAAUAAAAAUGGAUGAUGUACUUUUGUUUUGGGAGCCAUUGGCAAGUGCAGCACAUGACGAGCACGCUGCAGAGACUGGACGCCAGUAGAGUACUUAUAGCUUUAUUUAGGUCCUGGGCCUAGCUGAUGUAGAAUAUCAAAAGGGAUCAGAUUUGGAAGAUUUAUGGUGAAUGAAUUAAAAACAUUUUUCUGGUUUUGUUGUAUAUGUUUGGAUAUCAAUAAAGCAUUCCUUUAAAUGAA